CUGCGCCGGGAAGCUGAAGAGAGAUGGCGACAGCUCAGGCGAAGCUCGACAAAGAGAGCGAUGACUGCUCUCUGCUGCCUUUAGUUCAUGAUAUUAUUAAAUGCAUGGACAAAGACAACCAGGAUGUCCUCCAAGAACUUGGUAAACUAAAGGCAAAGAUCCAGGAGGCUCGAGAGCAGAUCUCCAACAUGCCGGGGAUAGACAGCAGUCCGCUGGAGCAGCAGCAGCAGCUGGCCACGUUGCGGGAACAGGUUCGCACCAAGAACCAGCUGCUGCAGAAAUAUAAAAGUCUGUGCAUGUUUGACGUGCCAAAAGCAUCGUGAGACUAAAAGACUUGGUAUGCACGCAGUAUGGAGGAAGUAAAUGGAGGUGGCGUGAUUCAGGAACACCGGAUGGACAUUGAAAUAAUAACCGUCUUUUCUUUAAUUGUGUCGGACUGCAACAUGUUUUGAACUUGUCUUUGUUUUGUGUUACCACAGCGCAAAUUUGUUUAUAUGAUAUUUGUAUUAAAUUGGGAUUUUUUCGCUUUUUUGAGUCCCAUGAUAUUGAUACGUUGUAAUAAAUUGUAUUUUGUAUAA